CUUCCUCCGCCUCAAUGGCAGACGGUCGGAUUUUUCUCUCCGGUUAUUUCGCUUCGCAAGUUUCAAUUCCGUUUUUCGUGGCUUCACGAAAUUCCGGGGGUUUCUCAAUACUAAAAUUCCGUUAAAUCGUUCUUCGAUGUCGCGAGAGCGCCAGCGAAAAACCUAAUAUACGAUAAUAACAUUCCCAGAGUGUCCUCCUGGGAGCUGUGGCGCGAUCUGGCAACAUGGUCGGCAGAGAAGUCAUCUCGAGAGGGAGCACUGCUCACAAGGACUCUAAACACACCUGAGAGGAAGAUCGUGACGUGAAACCAGCCACGCGGAGUCAGUGUAAAAUAAGCCGAAUAUUUGCCAGUAGUUUGUGAAAAAAGGCGGUAAUAAACAGCCAUUGAGGGGAAGCGACCUGCGUGGACGUUCGCAGUUCUCGAUUUCUUGUGAUUUUCCUGAGUGAAUUUCGUUCGCGUCCCAACGACUAAGUGUCUAAAGUCAUAAAUAAUUGUCAACCAAAAUUUUCCGUCGAAAGUUUCAACCGAAAAUUGGAAAGCUACCAAAUUUUAGUGCCCCGAAAUUCUCACGAGAGCGCGAAUUCAAAGUUUUUUCCUCGCUUUUUGAUGUACUGAUUCGAGGAGAGGAAAAAAACACCGGCUUAUCCGGAACAAAUCCAACAGCGAUAUGACUUGAGGCUGACGUCGUUCGCCGAGCACAACAAUCCCAAUAUUAUUCCAAGGCAGCGAAGCGUCGAAAUAAUGGGCACGAGAGUAGUUGCGGUUGGAUCGAGCACCGGAGCCACCGGAGUCUCCGGCGAAGCUGGCUUGGCCGGCGUGCCCAGGCUCCUCGAGGACCUGGCGAGGUUGGCCGGUGACAAGGACUCCGCGGACAUUAUGUUCCUGCUGGGACGCGACGAGACUCCGGUCUACGGUCACCGGAUCAUCUUGCAAGCCAGAUGCAAAAAUUUCACGGCCGCGAAGAGACUCGGGACACCCGGGAAUCCUACACCCGUGAGAAUGCCUCACGCACAUCCAGAAACUUUCAGACAGUUCAUUCACUACGUCUACACUGGAAAGAUCAUGCUACAGGACAGUGGAAUAUUCGAAAUGUUGGGAUUGGCCCAAGAACUCGGAGUCGAAGAACUUUGGCGGAGCUGCGAGGACCACGUUUCGUCAACCCUCAGCCCUGGCAACGCCUGCGCCCUUCUGACAGCAGCCCUCGAUGCACAGGAAAGAGUGCUCGGAGGGAAAGGAGCCUGUUCUUCGUUCAUUGAACGCUGUUAUGCUUUCAUUGGAGAAAAUGCAGUAGACACAGUGAAAACAACAGCAUUUUGCAAUCUUCCCAAAGAUGCCCUUGUUACAUUGAUUUCGUCUGACUAUCUUGGCCUCGAGGAAGAGGAUGUUUGGAGAGCCGUGCUCAACUGGGCAAAGUAUCAGGCAGGUGUGACGCAGCCGACUCAGCACUGGACCGAAGAAGAGAGAGUAAGAGUCUGUCAACAUUUGGCAGGUGUUAUAAAUCAUGUGAGGCUCUUACUAAUCGACAGUCAAGUAUUUGCCGAAGAAGUGGAACCAACAGGAGCUGUGCCAAUCGAACUUUCUUUGGAAAGAUAUCGAUACGCAGCAUUGCCGAAUAAAUAUUCUGAGAUUUGUGCUGACAAACGUCUCCAACCAAGAGUCAGCCCUUUCUUGUUUCCAGGCUCCCAAAUAUUGUCACGUGACAAAACGGGCUUUCAGCGUUUGUUGAACCAGUGGUACGGUUCGGCCAAGCAAAGCUGGCGGUUAGUUUACAGAGCCUCGAGCCAUGGGUAUUCGGCGGUCGCGUUUCACAGACACUGCGACGGAGUUUCUCCAACUUAUGUAAUAGCAUUGGGUGCUCGAGGUGAAAUAUGCGGUGGUUUUAGUGACGCUCCAUGGGGCAAAACGAGCGCGAAAGGGCACUACAUCUCGUCAGAAAAAGCAUUUUUGUUCACACUUACGAACAAUCAAGACGUACCCCCGACCAAGUACGACAUUGUGAAAAAACCGUUCGCUAUUUGCUAUCAUCCUGACAUCGGGCCGAUUUUUGGAGCAGGGGCCGACCUACUGAUCGCCAAUAACUGCAACGUCAAUAUGGAGAGUUACAGCAAUCUACCGCACAGCUACGACGGCGAACAUGCUUCGAGUAGCGUUCUCAUGGGAGAUUAUCAUUUUUCCGUAAUUGAUUACGAAGUUUUUACACCGAGUCAUCCGAUCUCAAAAUCGAGCCAUUGAAAUUCCGGAACGGAUGGAGAAUUCGUUAUUUUUUGUACAUAAACGAAACGAGGAGGGCUAAUUCAUAGUCCCGCGAUCAUUAUUGUGGGGUUAUUAUCAUUUCAACUGUCAAAUUUACAUUUACAGAAAUAAUAACAGCGAGAGUUUUGGAAUUAAAAAUCCUCCUUCCAAAUGGUGUGAUUUUUUCGACUUAAUACUAACGCUCUUGCGGAGGCCAUUUUUUGUGCAUCGAUUCAUAAAACACGAAUAAAUUUUGUAUCAAAACACUGUGAUAUAUUCGGAAAUUCUGUGCUCGAACCAACUGUGAGAAUUGGGCACGGAAAAACUUA